AUGCAGGAUAAAGACCUUAAGGAUGAUCAUGCUCCAAUAGGUGAUAAUAAUAGAGGACAAGUACCUAAAAAGCGUGGUAGGCCUAAGAAAAGUAUUAGUAAGCAACCAAUUGCAUCUGGAUAUUUUGAUGUUAAGGAUAUGCUUGGUAAUAAGGUCUCUAUUGGUGAGUUGAAAAGUGGAUUAGAAGAUCGCGAACGUGACAUAGGUGAGGGAGUAAAGAAACCCCGUGGACGACCAAGAAUUCAUCCUGUUGAAGAAAAUAGGGCUGUUAAACCUCGUAGUACGGUUAAAAAAGACGUUAGCUCUGUUAUUUUGCCAGCUAGUGAUGGUAUUGUAGAUAACAGUGAACUUCCCGGUAUGCCUGCCGGAAUGUCUGGAAAACGGGGUCCUGGUCGACCUAGAAAGGUUCCAUUGCAGAAUGAAAUGGCGGAAGAUGCCAACAAAGUUAAAAGGAAACCAGGUAGACCUCGGAAGCUGGCAAUCAAAGAUGUUUCUACGGAAUCGGAGAUCAAGACAAAGAGGGGCCCUGGAAGGCCCAGAAAAACGAUUGCAGACGAGAGCAAUAAUGUUGAGGUUGAAGGAAAAAGACGUCCUGGUAGACCCCGAAAAUACCAAUUUGAUACGUCUGCGGACUCAGUAAGUGGUGAUACUAAGACUAGUAGGAUACCCUACACUACGGAAAAGAGCACGCGUGAAGAUGAUGUAUUGGCGCGUGUUUCAGUUAAAGACGUAGGAGAGGAGAUGUUAAAUAGAAGUCAACUUGAGGGCAGUAAACCUAUGAAGCAAAAUAAUUCAAUUUCCAAUGAAAAUUUUACCAUUGCCAAGAGUCACCCCAACAGCAGCCAUUUUGCUGGUAGUGAUCAGGGAAGUGAACAUGAACUAUCAAGAAGUUCCUUUGAAGAUGGCAGUAAAGAAAAGUCUUCUCCAGAAGACAACACUGGUAAUAUAACAGACCAAGAUUAUAAGCAGGAGAAACGUCGAAGGUCUUCUGCUUCAGAUGUUUCUGACGUCUCAGAUAUUGAAGAUUCGCCAAAAUCCGUUGUAGAUCCUACAUUCUCUGCUGGGGAGGAUGCAAAAAACAUUCGAGCAUCUAGUAGUACAUCAAAUGAAGGAACUGGAGAAAGUUCGAAGGGAAUAUACCAUUCUAAUGAUCUUCAAAAGAGUGUUACACCCUCUUAUACGGCCAAGAAGAAAAGAAGGUUAAAGAGGACGGGAGCGGUUACUGACUUUGUACCUUCUGAAGGUAGUAGUAUAAGGAAUAGAUCAUCCACUUCAGAUAUUUCCAAUAAAAGCAUUGUUGUUGAUUUCACAAAGAAUAGGGCGAACUCUCCCGGACAAAACUCAAAGUCUGCUGGCCUUGCCUCAAGAAAUACAAUAUUAGACGACAGUUAUGAUACUUUCGAUUUCAGCAACCAUGGAAAUAGUGGUUUCAUUAUCCCUCCAGAAGCUUUCAAGUCCCCUAGGAAAUCGAAAACUAUUGUUGCGUCUGACACGAACAAAAAAGCUAGCAGUAUUUUGGGUGUUCUUAAAAACACUGCUCAGUCAUUACAGCAGCUGGGAAGAACUGAAAGACACAUAUCCAUUGGAAGGCCAACUAGCAAGCUGGAUACAAUUGAUACCAAUGUUGAACUGAGUGAGGACGACAGUGACUACGAGCCUGAAAACUCCUCGCCAGUGAAUAGCCUUCGACGAUCGUCUGACCUUAGGCAACGCCAAAAGCUGCAUAAUAUCAUAAAUAAUCCAGUAGAAAGGGAUACUUCGGAAACGUCAUUUGGUAAAUUAGCAUCAAGAGAGGGUUUGCAGGGAUCAUGCAAACCACCACCUGCAAACGGUGUAGAAGUGAAACCGUUAUCACAUGAAUGUUCUAUAAUCGAGAAAUUAAAUGAUAAGAAUGAUAUAAUCUUAGACUCCUUACAUUUAGACGAUCAUGGAACCCCGGAACCUUCAAUUAUUAGCAACGGGACAUCUUAUAGCUUAUUGGCAAGCAUGGUUCCUGCAGAGCCAUUUCAUAAUCUUCCUACAUGGUCGCCUUUUCCGUCCUCCAAUUUCAGUAAUUUGGAUAAGGAUCGCAGGUUACUCAGUACGUUUCUUCAUGGUCUAUUGAAUUACAUCAAUGUGAAUGAGGCUACUUUAAGUACUGAUAUUGACGGAAAUCUCAACUAUUUUAUCCAACAAAUGCCAAGUAAGGAGCUUGAAAUGACCUUUUCGGAUUGGUUGGAUUAUAAAGUAGAUGAAUUGAAAGACGAGUAUGUCAACGAGAUUGAAAAGAAGAAGGGACUUUUGUUAAAGAAAUUUGAAGCCUCUGUAGAAAAGGUAAAGAACAUAACAGACAGCAAGAUUUUACUUCAACUUGCUGAAAGGUUUGGAAUUAACUAUUAG